AUGCGUCGCUCAGCCUGCAUUGAUGAAGACUUUGCCAUGUUUGUCAAUGAGCUUCAAUUAUUGGAGCAGAAGUACAACGAAGGUACAGCCGAAUCUAAGCAACAAAUCAGAAAUCAUUUCCAAGACUUAAUUCUCAACUGCAAGAAGCACAUGGGCGAUGACUUACCAUAUGCAACAUCCUUUGGAGUCAACCGACGUUUCGUUUCUUUCUACCAACCCCGUCUGAAACUUCUGAAGAAGACAAUACUGAGACUCAGAUAG